UUUGUAUGGCAUCACGUGAUAAGCUUAAACGGAGGAGAGAAGGCGAAAUGUAUUAGGAAGAUGGACUUUGGCUUUUUCACCGGACUUUUAUAUUCGUUUUGAUCGUCGUCAUUAUCUUAUUUUGAUCGAAUAAUAAUGGGAUCGAUCGUAUUAACGACCCUCUCCAUAUUUCUGGGCUUAUUUUUUAUCUUCGUAGGUUCUAUGAAGCUAACACCAAGUAUCAAUAGAGAUAUGCAUCGAGAAAUUCGACGAAACUUUGUCCAAUAUGCAAAAGUAUUUCCACUGGCAAAGACGUUUGCAUUUAAAGUACCUUCAAAGUACUACAGGUUAACUGUUGGUUGGACUGAGGUAAUCUGUGGCACUAUACUUGUUUUUAUACCUGGAAUGAUAAAGCAAUUGGCUAAUGUCCUCCUCCUUAUGAUGAUGACCGGUGCUUUCUAUACUCAUACAAUAAUGGAAGAUAAAUUUGAACGUACGGCACCUUCUAUAGUUUUUGCCUUGAUGUUGGCUUGUAGGCUGGUAGUGUUUUUCCAAGUGAGACGAAAAGAAAAGAAACAGAGCAAAUUACUUGCAAGCAAAUCAACCGUUUCAAAUAAAGAAAAUUUGAACAAGGAAACAAAGCAAGACUAAUUAAAUGAUGUGCAAGAAUUAAUUAUUGAAUUAUUAAUUUCAAAAAUUAGAAUAUAAUUUUAUUUAGAAAUAUUUUUACAUAUAUAUAUAUAUAUAUUGUUUAUCAUUUAUUUGAUAUUACUUUAUAUAAAGUUUAUUAUUAUUAUAAUAUAUAUUUAUUAUUACUAGUUUAAAAAUGUUAAAAAUGUUAAAUUAAAUAUAAGAUCAUCGGGCAUGUACCUAAAUAAUUGAAAGAAUGAAUAUCAAUCUGGUCGAUCACGAGAGUACGAUUUUUAUACACGUAGUUUCGAUCUUUGAUCACUAAAGAUGUCUAGUAGAUACUUACUUUCAUUUGACAGAUUUUAACAUUUAUAUUUCACUCGUCAAUCAGAUAAAUGAAUUUACAGAUACCUCAAUGAUAGUAUUUGAUAAAUAAAGUCAUAUUUUUAUGAUAAAUUUAUUAAAUUAAUACUCUGGAUUAUACAGUAAAUGAUCUAUAAAGCGUUUAUUAUCGAAAAGACUUAUAAUGUACUGUACGUGCGUAAAGAAUGCUAUGAAAGUAGACCGACUUUUAACAAGCUAAUUAUAUCAUAUAAUACGUAAAUAUUCUAAAAUUAUAUUUUAUGACACGUAUAUAUAUAUAUUUACGUGCUUAAUUACUGAAAAGCCAUUCUUGUCCUGUUCAGAGCUUGCUUUACUGCUCAUUUACUGUAAAGCCAAAUAAUCUGUCCAAUUUUAUUUUAUUUUUUAAACAUCACAUUUCAUGUUUCUUCUAUUAUUUUGGUACAUGUUCAAUAAGAUUUAUUAAGUUUAAUCAUUUUAUAUUAAUUUUAUCUAUAUAGACCAACUUAGAAACCAUAUAAAAUUAUCCGUUUCGGCUGUAUUCCGUUUAUCGAUUAUCGAAUCAUUAUUGUUAUAUUAAGUUUUUAAAACUUGCAGACAAAAACAAAAUGGCAGCUACUUAAUAACGGUAAACCCCUAAGGUGCCAACGAAAGGACGACACGACUGUCUCUAAUGUAUUUUGACACUUAAUCUUUAUAAAUUUGAUUUUUACUUGCAGAUUUUUCAUAUUUUGCAUCGAUUCCACGCUGUGGAAAUAUAUGUAGUUAGGAUUAAAAUAUUUAAAACAUUUGUUUAUAAUAGUAGUAGAGAAAAUUGUAAUAUUAAAAACGAAUCGAUAAUCUUAGCGGUAGCAAAAAAAGAAAAAUAUAUCACUUAUUGUCUUUUCUAGUAGGUGAUAUAGUUUUAAAUUUUGAUCAUAUUAUAAGGUAUAACAUUCAGUUAAUAUUAUAAUUUAAGUAUAUCUCUCUCCUAUUUUAAAAUAUGCAAUAUUUGGGGAAUUUUUUAAAAAAUGAUCACUACUUCCUCUUUAGGCAUUAAUGGAUUUUUUGUCAUGUGCAUCAAGCUGUACAUGGUUGAGAGAUGAUAUCGUUCUUAUUUCAAAUCAAACAUAAACUGAUUUAUAGUGUACAAAUUAAAUAUAUAUUUUACUUCCUGGAUAGCAUCAGUCUGUGAAUGAAAAGCUUAACUACCUCCGUAGAAAAUAUGAUGGAACAUUUUAUCAUGUGCAUCAUAUCUUAUAAUUAAAUAUGACAGAUAUCCAUCAUUGCAAAUUAGUGUCAAAUGGAUGCUGCUGACAUGUGUAGUUUUUUUAAUAAAUGCAAGUCUUUCAAAAACAGCUUGAAUUCAAAUAUUGCACAUUUAAAAGUAAGGAAUUUUUCAUUCACAUUUAUUAUUAUUAUUAUUACUAUUUCUUCAUUUAUGUUGUUGUUUUAUUUAUAUAUAAUUUUGAAGUUUUAUUUAGGUUAUAAUUAAGUAAUUUUUUAUUAUUUAUUCACUUUUCAAAACCAUAAUAAUUCCAGUUUAAAACAUAUCUUAAAAAUUUACAACAUUCCAUUGAUUGUAGUUCAGAAAUGCUGCUUUUUGUAAAAUUUAGAUAAAUGGUAGAUCGUGCGCUUAAAAAAUUUUUCAUUAAAAAAUAUUGCCGAGCCUUCUUGAUCAUUCUAAAGAAACGAAUAAACGAUUAAUGGAUUUUCUAAAAGUUCUUUUCGACAUUUAAUUUUCGGAAAUGUACGUUAAUCUACAUUUUGCUAUUAAUGGAAUAAGGUUAUGCUCGUUGAGGAAUCGAUCAUUAUUGAGGUUAUUUAGUCAAAAUAGUGAUUUAUGAAUGUGAGAAAGGACUAUACUGAAAGUUAGAAAUGAGAGAAUAUGAAACUGCACUUGUUAUAACAACACCAUCACCAGUUUUUUCUAAAUUGUUGUAAGACAAGAAAAUAUGCUAAUUAAGCAAUUUAGAGACUUUCUAUUGCUUAUUAUAUGAAUAAAAUCUAUAUUACAACGGUUGAAUAAGAUUUUUGACUGCCAAUUGAGUGUCAUAGAAGUACAAAUCGUAAUUUUCAUUAAAAAAUAAUACGCGAUUCUUUCAAUAUAUUGUAUGGUACAAGAUUUCAAUACUAUGAAAAUAUUUCUUCUUCAGAUCUAUACUUUUCAUUAUAUCAUACAUAAUAAAAA